CACCACUGGCCGCGGGUAUUCCUUCUAUUUCGAUCCGUCUCCCACCCCAUUGUCUGCAGUUUCAAGAUACCGCGAUUUUUUGAAUUUCUUCACAUCCACCCGUUAGUUGUCGCCGUAUCCAUAUAGCGAAGAAAUCUUUCGACAUAGCACGUAAAUGUGAUUUUGUGAUCGAUUUGAUUUGCUUUCGCGACUUUUUGAUCAGUGCUGUGACAAAUUAGCCAGUUAUUAGCCAAAAUGGAUUUUCAAGAGUCAUCAAAAAUGGAUUUCAACAAGGCGAACAUAAUACUACUCAUCUUAUUCAUACCCGGAAUUUUUUGUGUCCAUGCACCUGUAUCAAAGUCGGGAUUAGAAGUCAGAAAAGAAUAUUUUCAGUACGUUCUGAUAGACGAUUAUGUAAUCAAUCAUAAUCCCUGUAACAGAAAAUGUAACAAAGAAGAUCCACCAAUGAUUUGCAGAUAUCAUUUUAUUCUUGAAUGGUAUGAUAUUCUUAGCAAAGCUUGCUAUAAUUGCCCACACGUACCGUCCGACUGUUUUCGUCAUGAUUGUGUACCAGGAGAUGGAAUUAAAAGAGCCGUACUGGUUGUUAAUAGAAAACUACCGGGACCUGCUAUUCAUGUUUGUCAUGGAGAUCAAGUAGUUGUGGAUGUGGAGAAUGGUCUAGCAAGUGAGAGUACAACAAUUCACUGGCAUGGACAAAAACAGAGGGGUUUCCCAUAUAUGGACGGGGUACCCUUUGUAACGCAGUGUCCCAUACCGCCUCAAACGACAUUCAGGUACCAGUUCAUAGCAGAAGAUCCAGGGACUCAUUUUUGGCAUUCUCAUACAGGAAUGCAAAGAGGCGAUGGAGUUUUUGGAGCUUUCAUAGUUCACGUACCUGAAGAAGAAGAUUUUCACAAGCAACUAUAUGAUUACGAUUUGGAAGAACAUGUCAUUAUAAUCAUGGAUUGGGAUCAUGUGACGGGUAUGCAAAAAUUCACAUCACAUCACCACAAUGAUGGUGACAACAAACCUACGAACCUACUAGUGAAUGGAUUAGGCAGAUAUGCUGCAGAUAAUACUAGCUUUUUGAUGCCAACCGCAAGAUUCAAAGUGAAAAAGGGUUACCGCUAUAGAUUCAGGAUAAUAAAUGCUGGUUUUCUAAAUUGUCCAAUUCAGCUUUCAAUCGAUAAUCAUUCAUUGAAUAUCAUCAGCAGCGAUGGAUACGACUUCAAGAAUAUUACGGGAGAUUCGAUUGUAACAUACGCAGGAGAACGUUUCGAUUUCAUCUUAAAUGCUGACCAGAAAGAGGAUGUGUACUGGAUGAGAUUUGGAGGGCUUAUGGACUGCGAUGAGCGUUUCACCAGUGCUCAUCAGGUGGCAGUUCUGCAAUACGAGAAUCCUUCUAUUACAACAGAUAUGUAUCCUAUAGAUGAACCGUCUUACCCAAAAUCGCGUAGAGAUGGCAAGCAAGUCAAUCCCUUGAAUCAAGGCACAGAAAGUACUAGUUCUUACGUAUCUGCUCCAGAAAUAGAGAGUUUACACGAUUGGGAUGAAAGUCUUAAGGAAAUUCCAGAUUUUGCAUAUUAUAUUUCUUAUGAUUUCUACAGAAAGGAUAACAUCCACUUCCAUAAAGCUCCAUAUUAUGGUUUCAGCAAUAUUACUAAAAACGACAUGCUGCUUCUCACACCACAACUGAAUCACAUAUCAAUGAAAUUUCUUCCUCUUUCUCUGUUAACUCAAAGGAACGAAAUUAAAGAAGAAAGUCUUUGUAAUGAAACAACUGUGAGAGAUAUGAACUGCAGAAAUGACUACUGCGAAUGUCCACAUAUUAUUAAUAUCGGGCUCAAUGAUGUGGUAGAACUUAUAAUAAUAGACAAAGGAUUUGCUUAUGAUGCCAAUCAUCCCUUUCACUUACAUGGACAUGCGUUUAGAGUAGUAGCAAUGGAGAAACUAGGUCCUAAUACAACUGCAGAAGAAGUAUAUCGUUUGGAUAAAGCAGGAAAAAUCAAAAGAAAUUUGAAGAAUCCUCCUUGGAAAGAUACAGUUACAGUUCCAGAUGGAGGAUAUACCAUUUUGAGGUUUCACGCCACCAAUCCAGGUUACUGGUUAUUCCACUGUCACAUAGAAUUUCACGCAGAACUGGGUAUGGCUGUCGUUUUCAAAGUAGGUGAUCACAGUGAUAUGGUUUCGAUUCCUAGAAAUUUCCCAAAAUGUGGAAAUUACUUCAACGCUGAGGAGGAAAUUAGUGAAACCCCAUGUGCGAACGUAGGUCCCAUUCAAAAUAUUUUUGGAAUGAAAUGUAUAACAAGCUCUUCAAAUUGCUUUCAACAGAAUAUACUUUUAUUCUCAUUCUUUCUUGUUCUUCUGCUAUGUAAUAAUGUUCUUAUUCCAACUUUAAUAAAUUGAACAACAUAUUUAUAAGAAUUAACGCUAAGAAGAGUAGAUUGAGCUCCACUAACAUCACAGAGGUUGUUAGGUGGUUACUACUACAUGGCUACAAAUUGAGAGGUACCUUAUUCAGUAGUUUUUCAUUAAUUAUAAUAAAAGAAUUACUUUACUAAGAUGUCUGAGUAUUCUUCCGCAGAACGUUUUUGUGGACUUAUGCCAUACACAAGGUGUUCUAGAAUUUAACAGGUUAUCAUGGCAGAACUCAGAGAAACUACUUUAAGAAAUGUUUUUUCAUGGUUAUAUCUACAGCAACACAUUCCGUUUUUGCAUACCAGAGAUACAAAUCCAUCGGAUUUUUAUGAUAAAAUAUUAUUCAGGGCACACACUAACAUAUAAUUAUAUUCAGAAAUCCAUAUGAAUAGCUGUUUUAAUAUG